UCUCCCGCGCAGCCCCGGCCUCCCUCCCCGCCGCCGCCCCCGCGAGCAGAGGGUGAUGUUGGACAUGGGAGAUAGGAAAGAGGCGAAGAUGCUCCCCAAGUCCUCCUUCAGCAUCAACAGCCUGGUGCCCGAGGCGGUGCAGAGCGACAACCACCACGCCGGCCACGGGCACCACCCGGGCGGCCACCACGCUCCGCACCACCAUCCGCACCAUCACCACCACCACCACCACCAUCACCACCACCCGCCGCCGCCCCCGCAGCAGCCGCCGCCGCCGCCCCCGCAGCAGCCGCCGCAGCAGCCGCCGCAGCAGCCGCCGCAGCAUCCCCCUCCCCAAGCUCGGGGCGCCCCGGCCGACGACGACGAGGCCAAGGGACCCCCGGCCGGGCAGCUGCUGCUGCCCCCGCCGCCCCCGCCUGCCCCCGGGCCGGACGGGGCCAAGGGCGAGGGCGGGCCGGGGGGCAAGGGCGAGCCGGGCGCCGGUCCCGGGGACCCGCCGCCCCCGGCCGGGCAGGAGGACAAGGACAAGGGCCUGGGCGUGGAGGAGAAGAAAGCGGGCGGCGAGGCGGGCAAGGAGGCCAAGGAGGCCGGCGAGGGCGGCGACAAGAAGAACAGCAAGUACGAGAAGCCGCCGUUCAGCUACAACGCGCUGAUCAUGAUGGCCAUCCGGCAGAGCCCGGAGAAGCGGCUGACGCUCAACGGCAUCUACGAGUUCAUCAUGAAGAACUUCCCCUACUACCGGGAGAACAAGCAGGGCUGGCAGAACUCCAUCCGCCACAACCUGUCGCUCAACAAGUGCUUCGUCAAGGUGCCGCGCCACUACGACGACCCGGGCAAGGGCAACUACUGGAUGCUGGACCCGUCGAGCGACGACGUGUUCAUCGGGGGCACCACGGGCAAGCUGCGCCGCCGGUCCACCACGUCGAGGGCCAAGCUGGCCUUCAAGCGCGGGGCCCGGCUGACCUCCACCGGCCUGACCUUCAUGGACCGGGCCGGCUCCCUGUACUGGCCCAUGUCGCCCUUCCUCUCCCUGCACCACCCCCGAGCCAGCAGCACUUUGAGUUACAAUGGCACGGCGUCGGCCUACCCCAGCCACCCCAUGCCCUACAGCUCCGUGUUGACUCAGAACUCGCUGGGCAACAACCACUCCUUCUCCACGUCCAACGGGCUGAGCGUGGACCGCCUGGUCAACGGCGACCUGCCCUACGCCACCCACCACCUGACGGCCGCCGCCCUGGCCGCCUCGGUGCCCUGCGGCCUGUCGGUGCCCUGCUCGGGCACCUACUCCCUGAACCCUUGCUCCGUCAACCUGCUGGCGGGACAGACCAGCUACUUUUUCCCCCACGUCCCCCAUCCCUCCAUGACUUCCCAAAGCAGCACUUCGAUGGGCGCCCGGGCCGCCUCCUCGUCCACGUCGCCGCAGGCCCCCUCCACCCUGCCCUGCGAGUCCUUGAGACCGUCGUUGCCCAGCUUCACCACGGGACUCUCGGGAGGACUGUCUGAUUAUUUCACACAUCAAAAUCAGGGGUCUUCUUCCAACCCUUUAAUACAUUAACAUCCCUCGGAUCAGACUGUAAGUGAACAUUUUACACACGUUUGCAUUGUAGAGGAGGAGGAGGAGGAGGAGGAGGAGGAGGA